AUGAGUUCCGGUUUUAUUACCGAAUCGGAAGUAGCUGAAAUAAGAAAGAGGAGACAAGAGGAAUGGGAGAAAGUACGAAAGGCUGAUGAUCCUAUAAUUAGACCGGAGGAGCCGAGUGACAACCGGAGCUUGUUCGAACGUUUGCAGGAGCAAAAACAGAAGAAGGAUCUCGAGUAUGAGGAAGCUCACAAAUUAAAAAACAUGAUUAAAGGAUUAGAUGACGAUGAGAUAGAGUUUCUAGAUCUCGUCGAUCGAAAGAAAACCGAAGCCGAUAGAAGGAAGGAACUAGAGGAGGAGCAAGAACUGCUCGAUUACCGCAACAGAGUAUCCAUAUUACAAGAAAAAUCGCUAGACGAGAGGCUGCAAGCCGAAAUAGUAGUAAAUAAAACGAGAAAAGAUAAGCAAACCAACAGCCAGCAGAAAUUAAUGAAAGGCGUAGUGAUUAAAAAGUCUGAGAGCCAGAAGAGAAAGCUAAGCGAAUCCGAAAACGAUCAUUCCCCUACAAAGAGGAGCUCCGUCGAGGCAUCAGAGGAAAAGCCGAUGCGAAAUCAAGCAGCCCCUGACACAGGUCUAAAAUGCAUCGCUAUAUUACCGGGCAUAGGUUGCUACGAUGAUUCCUCCUCAGACGAUGACAGCUCAGAGUCCGAUGUCGACAGCCGGUGCGUUAGAAAAAUAGAUUUGUUAGGUAGAAAAGUCGAGAACGAAGGCAAAGGAGAAUAA